CAGCUUUCAAGUCCGAUAGAUAGUAUUUCCUACCUUCAAAGAUGGCGGGAUAUGGUCAGAACGGCUCCAAAUUGCCUCGGCGUAUGGAUAUCGCCUAUGAAACGGAGGAGCAGGAGCAACUACUGGCUGAUAUUGCCACCAUGGCUCAUCCUGGUGACAACUGCGCGAUUGCGAUUAAGCCUUUGCGUCAGGGCACACGCUUCGCCUGGAAAGGUUCUGUCCACAGACUAUCGCACGCGAUCUUGGAGGGGCAUCGUUUUGCCAUUGAACACAUUCCGAAAGGUGAGCAUUUGACAAGCUGGUCUUUGCCGUUUGGAAUUGCAUCCCAAUCAAUACAGCCUGGAGACUAUUGCUGCAACAGCUUGAUGUUGAAGGCCUUGAAAGGAAGGAGAGAUGUCAACUUUGCCUUGCCCGACUUCACGAAUUUCGAGGACCCAGACACUUCUGCAUCGUGUCCCUUUGUUUUCGAUGAGAGCACCUUUGUGGCUGGAAAGCAGGCUGAAACCGCAGGUUGCAAUCUCCCGGACACCUUUCAGGGCUUUGCCAGGACAGGUGGCCGUGGAGUGGGAACGCGAAACAAGGUGGUGUUGAUUGGUCUGACGGUGUCGUCAGCGAGCUUUGUGAGGGCGUUAGAGGCGCGUUUGAUGCCGCAUGCCAACGUGGAGAAUGUUGACGGCGUCGUGGCCGUCGCGCACAACGAAGGUGAAAGCAAGGUGCAGAACAACCGGGAACUCUUGCUGCGGACGAUCGCCGGGUUCCUCGUUCAUCCAAAUACAGGAUCUGCACUCAUCGUGUCAACAGGUCAAGAGCGCCACCUCAAGCUGGAUGACCUAAAGGCCUUUAUGUCCGACUAUCCCACCGAACACGUUCCGCACGAGUUCAUGGAGCUCAGUGGAGACUGGACGAAGGAUCUGCAACAGGCAGCAGAGACCGUCCAGGGAACCUUGCUGCCGAAGGCGGCUGAGUACAGACGAAUGGCGCACCCCGUCUCUGCUUUGCGGAUAGCUCUGCAAUGUGGUGGCUCCGAUGCUUUCAGUGGGAUCACUGGAAAUCCACUGGUGGGGGAGGUCUCCAAGCUCUUGCUGACCAGAGGUGGUUUGGCCCUGCUUGCUGAAUCUCCCGAACUGGUGGGUGCCGAGCCGUACAUUUUGGCCAACUGCCGAAGCCUGGAGGUGGCGCGUCAUUUCCUGAUGAUGACCGAGCGGUACAAGCAGUAUGCCUCUCGACACGGCCAAGAUGCUGCGGGAAAUCCUUCGGGCGGAAACCUCUUCCGCGGAUUGUACAACAUCGUGAUCAAAAGCUUGGGGGCAUCGCGCAAGAAGCCACCAGACGUCUCCUUGGACAAGUGUGUGGAGUAUGGUGAGCAUGUCCCUGAGACGGAGUCAGGUUACUAUUUCAUGGAUUCCCCUGGGAAUGACUUGGAGUCGAUCGCUGGACAAGUCGCCAGCGGCUGCAACGUGAUCUUCUUUGUCACCGGGAAUGGUGCCAUUACAAACUUUCCGUUCGUGCCGACGCUCAAAGUGGUGACAACCACUGGCCGCUUCAACAUUCUUGAAAAGGACAUGGACAUCAAUGCCGGAUUGCUGAACGGAGGAAUUGAAAUGCAAGACCUGGCAGCACAGGUCUUUAAGGACAUGAUUGGGAUUGCAUCGGGGGAUCUCAGCAAGGGCGAGCGUGCGGGCAUUUCGCAAGUGUCCAUUUGGCGGAAUUGGUUCUUGGACGAGUCCCAACAGCUCAGCGAUUUGCAGGCUGAGUUCAACUUCGAGCAGAAAGAUUUGAAUGGGCCAGGUCUUCAGGUGAAGCGAGAAUGGCUUCCUUCCCUCGCUUGUGAAGACUUUGUGAAAGACAUUCGCGUCUCCGUCUCCAUGUCUCAACCCUUGGAACGCUUACCCCCCGUCGGCUUGAUUCUGCCAACAAGCCUGUGCUCGUCAGAGGUCGCCCGACUGGCCAGUUCCAGGCUGAACAAGGACGUGGAAGGCCAAGCCGGAGCGGAUGGACAGGUGCGCUUUGUGGCUUUGCCCCACUCAGAAGGAUGUGGUGGAGCCGGGGGCGAACAGUUCGAGACCAUCUUCCAGCGGGUGAUGCUUGGGCAUUUGCUUCAUCCACAAGUUCAGCACGGCUUUCUGCUGGAGCACGGGUGUGAAAAAACUCACAACGACUGGUUCGCAGCGCGGUUGACCUCCAGAGGAAUCACAAUAGACUCCUUUGGCUGGGCAUCGGUUCAAGCAGAUGGCGGGAUCGAGGCUGUUUACGAGAGGAUCAGAAGCUUCUUCAAGGAGCCACAUCCUCCAAAAGCCUUGCCAGCACAAGCACUGCGACUAGCAUUGCUGGCUGGGGAGACUUCAACUCCGGCGGCAGAACUACUUGCAACAUUAGUGCGCUAUGUCGUCUUGAAAGGAGGCAGUGUUCUACUACCUGCCUCUUCUCCUUUGUUGACAAGCCGCGCUUUCACAGCAGCUUGUCUCUAUGAGGAUUUGCCGGAUGGACUUUUAGCUCCAACCGUGGCUUAUGCUCAGAUCCCUUCGGAGGGGCUCCACAUGAUGGAGGUACCCAGCACGGCAAAUCAGGUGGAGAUCCUUGCAGGGCUUGCGCCAGCCGUGCAUUGCUUUCUGGUUUGGAAUGGCAAGCAGUUAGCUGCGCACCCCUUCGUGCCAACAGUGCAUGCGAAGGAGGGAAGGUCAUCGGACUGUGCAGAUGUCGCAGUUGAGCUGUCGAAUAUGCCUGGCGCAUUGGAAGAGAUCAUGCUAAGCAUCCAGCGAGCAGUUCAUGGUGCACCUACUAAAGCCAGCGAGGCGGGUGCCAUUGACUUCUCAGUGACAAGAGGGAUCACGAGUGUGAGCCUCUGAUCAAAGGCAUCACUUCAAGAGCUGUGUGCCUUGAAUCCGAUGUCAUUUUUGCUCUGCACGAUUUUUGUUUGCAGACCUGUACUGGCAGUGGCGCGAUUGGCGCUGUUUAAAGCCAGAAGUGUACAGGAAGUAGCAGGUGCACUUAGACACAAGAAAGAAGCGCUUCAUUGUUUACCACCUCGAAGAA